GCUGGAGGAGGAGGAGGAGGAGGGGGCGUGAGGCUCCUCGGUGCUGCCCCCACAUCUUACAUCUCUGCGUGGGGAUUCGCGCCUUCGGGGCGGCGCUUUUCUCUUCCGGCGGAGAGGAAUGUGGCCAUGCCCCCCAGACUUCUCCGAGCCCUGGCAGCCUCCCACUACAUGUUAUCAAAAGCUUGUCACCACCAAAGACUUGUUCACCGUGCAGCAAAGCCACUGCAGGAAGUUAAGGCCACCACAUGCAGCUCCUGGAGGAGAAGUCGGAGCCUGGACCCGCUCGUCCCUGCUCCAGCCACCAACUGGAAUAAGUGGCCCAUCCUACAGACCAGCCGGAUGAAACCAAGCCAGGAGGAGAGGGUACCUUUUCCCACCAGCAUCUCUGUGGGUACUCACGGGGCACUGCCGCAGGGACCAAGUCUGCCCAGUUCCCGGUGGCUUCUGAAAGCUCUGAGGCGGCACUACACAUCCCCAUCCACAGAGAUAGUGGCUCCGAAACAAGACUUACCACACACCAAGAGACCACUGAAAGCCUCCCGGACCAGGCAGCCUUCCAGGACCAACCUCCCUGUUCUGUCUGUGAGCGAGGACUUGAUGCACUGCACAGCCUUUGCAACAGCAGAUGAAUAUCACCUGGGGACCCUCUCGCACGAUCUGACCUCCCAUGGCUAUGUUGAAGUCACAAGCUUACCUAGAGAUGCAGCCAAUAUUUUGGUGAUGGGGGUGGAUAAUUCUGCGAAAGAAGGCGAUCCAGCCACAAUGUUCUUCUUCAGGGAAGGAGCUGCUGUGUUUUGGAACGUGAAAGACAGAACUAUGAAGCAUGUGAUGCAAGUUCUAGAAAAGCAUGAGAUUCAGCCCUACGAAAUUGCACUAGUCCACUGGGAAAACGAAGAGCUGAACUACACAAAGACAGAGGGACAGUCCAAACUCCAUAGAGGAGAAAUCAGGUUAAACUCAGAGCUAGAUUUAGACGAUGCCAUCCUAGAGAAAUUUGCUUUCUCAAAUGCUCUCUGCCUUUCAGUGAAACUGGCCAUUUGGGAAGCAUCGUUGGAUAAGUUCAUUGAGUCUAUUCAGUCAAUUCCAGAGUCUUUAAAAGCUGGAAAGAAAGUGAAACUAUCUCAUGAAGAAAUAAUGCAGAAAAUGGGUGAGCUCUUUGCCCUAAGACAUAGGAUAAAUUUGAGUUCAGAUUUUUUGAUCACUCCUGAUUUCUAUUGGGACAGAGAAAAUCUGGAAGGACUAUAUGAUAAAACCUGUCAGUUCCUGAGCAUUAAUCGUAGAGUUAAGGUCAUGAACGAGAAACUGCAGCACUGCAUGGAGCUCACAGACCUGAUGCGGAACCACCUGGCAGAGAAGCGGGCACUGCGCCUGGAGUGGAUGAUCGUUAUCCUCAUCACCAUAGAGGUAAUGUUUGAGCUGGGACGAGUAUUUUUCCAUAUCAAAUGAAGGCCAAAGGAGGUGUCACUGCAAGAGAUACCGAAGUUCUACAAUCAAAACUAAGUGUUCACUUUUUAAUUAUACUUAGUAGGUAUUUCGUAAAACCAAGAACUUGUGAUCCUCCACUGCUUGAAUAAAGAUGAAUCACCUAG